AGGAAGCUUUAGCCUGUUAGUUUGCCAUUUUGUGACGCCUUGUGUGGAAGUUCGUAAACAGAUUUUGCUUUGCUUGCUUGCGAAGGGAUAAGAAUUAUGUCAAAACGGAGAAUCGAGGUUGUGGAUCCGUAUGUUAAACGGAAGGCAGAUGGCUCAGCUACAUCUAAUAGCACAACUACACCUUCGGCAGCACCAAAAAAUCAAGUUCAGCUGAAUCCUUACACUAGCCUACCUUAUACUCCAAGAUAUCAUGAAUUUUAUAAAAAAAGAAUCACAUUACCUGUAUUUGAGUACCGUACUGAUUUUAUGAGGUUAUUAGCACAACAUCAGUGUAUUGUACUUGUUGGAGAAACAGGUUCUGGUAAAACAACACAAAUACCACAAUGGUGUGUAGAAUAUUCAAGGCGUAUUGGCAACAAAGGUGUUGCUUGUACUCAACCAAGAAGAGUAGCUGCUAUGUCCGUUGCACAAAGAGUCUCAGAAGAAAUGGAUGUGGCAUUAGGUCAAGAAGUGGGAUAUAGUAUUCGUUUUGAAGAUUGUAGUUCUCCAAAAACUAUAUUAAAGUACAUGACUGAUGGUAUGCUGUUACGUGAAGGCAUGUCAGAUCCCAUGCUUGAUGCCUAUCAAGUGAUAUUAUUAGAUGAAGCUCAUGAAAGAACUUUAGCCACAGACUUGCUUAUGGGUGUGUUAAAGGAAGUGAUUAAACAGAGACCAGAUUUGAAACUUGUGAUUAUGAGUGCAACUUUAGAUGCUGGAAAAUUUCAACAGUAUUUUGAUAAUGCACCCUUAAUGAAUGUACCUGGCAGAACUCAUCCUGUUGAAAUUUUUUAUACACCUGAACCUGAAAGGGAUUACUUAGAGGCUGCUAUCAGGACAGUUAUUCAAAUUCAUAUGUGUGAAGAAGUAGCAGGAGAUUUACUUCUCUUUUUGACGGGUCAAGAGGAAAUUGAGGAAGCUUGUAAAAGAAUCAAAAGAGAAAUGGAUAAUUUAGGUCCAGAAGUAGGUGAACUUAAGUGUAUACCACUCUAUUCCACACUGCCCCCAAAUCUUCAGCAAAGAAUCUUUGAGCCAGCACCACCUACAAAACCUAAUGGUGCUAUUGGUAGAAAAGUUGUAGUUUCAACAAAUAUUGCAGAAACAUCGUUAACUAUCGACGGUGUUGUCUUUGUGAUAGACCCAGGAUUUGCGAAGCAAAAGGUAUAUAACCCUAGAAUUCGUGUAGAAUCUCUUCUUGUAUCACCUAUAAGUAAAGCUUCUGCUCAGCAAAGAGCUGGUAGAGCUGGUCGUACAAGACCCGGAAAAUGUUUUAGAUUGUACACAGAAAAGGCAUAUAAAAAUGAGAUGCAAGAUAAUACGUAUCCUGAAAUCUUAAGAUCUAAUCUUGGUAGUGUUGUAUUGCAGUUGAAAAAACUUGGCAUUGAUGAUUUGGUGCAUUUCGAUUUUAUGGAUCCACCUGCACCAGAAACCCUUAUGAGGGCUUUAGAACUUCUUAAUUAUUUGGCUGCUUUAGACGAUGAUGGAAAUCUCACAGAUUUGGGUGCUGUGAUGGCAGAAUUUCCAUUAGAUCCUCAGUUAGCAAAAAUGCUUAUUGCAUCCUGCAAUCAUAAUUGCAGUAAUGAAAUAUUGAGCAUUACUGCUAUGUUGUCAGUCCCACAGUGUUUUGUGAGGCCAAAUGAAUCAAAAAAAGCUGCGGAUGAUGCUAAAAUGCGAUUUGCACAUAUCGACGGAGAUCAUCUAACGUUAUUGAACGUGUAUCAUGCUUUUAAACAAAAUUUUGAAGACCCACAAUGGUGUUACGAUAACUUUGUCAAUUACCGAUCUUUAAAAAGUGGAGAUAAUGUUAGGCAACAACUAAGUAGAAUAAUGGAUAGAUUUUGUUUGAAACGUACUUCCACAGACUUCACAUCAAAAGAUUAUUAUAUCAAUAUUAGAAAAGCUCUUGUGAAUGGUUUCUUUAUGCAGGUUGCUCAUUUAGAAAGGACUGGUCAUUAUUUGACUAUUAAAGAUAAUCAAAUUGUACAACUUCAUCCAAGCAGUUGUUUGGAUCAUAAACCCGAAUGGGUAAUUUAUAACGAGUUCGUGCUUACGACCAAAAAUUAUAUCAGAACAGUUACAGAUAUUAAACCUGAUUGGUUGCUUAAAAUCGCACCACAAUAUUACGAUUUACAAAACUUUCCACAAUGUGAAGCAAAAAGACAAUUGGAAGUAAUUCAAGCGAAAUUAGAUUCAAAACAAUAUCAGGAAGGAUUCUAACCUCUAUAUAUUUUAGUUAUCUUUGAAAAUGGUGUCAAACGAUUGAUAAAGUGUGGUCGAUCUGUUUUCGGCAUUGCGUCAGACAUACAAUUCUUUCAAACAUAAAGAAAAAACACUGAUUAAAUAUUGUGAAACAAGAGGUAGUUGUCUACUCUGUAUUUUUACUUAAAAUAUAUAAAAAAAAGACAAAUGUUAAUGAAAAUAUUUAUAAUUUUGUACAAGCUUUAGUGAAACUUGUACAUUUUUUUAGGCUCACGUGCCGAUAAAAAUUUGAAUGUUUGUAGACUUCGUUUUAUCUUCAUGAUAAAAACAAAUGAUCUUUAAUCUGAUAGAAGGUAUGCAGAAGGCAUAGUUGAUUAACAAAUGAUUUAUUUAUGUACAUUAAAGAAAAAUUUAGUGAUUAAGUAAGUUUAUCACUAGGAUUUGUUGAUCGACGUUUGCACACUCAAAAUGUAAUACUAGAUACAAAAAAUAGAUUAAUUUUUGUAUUAAAUGUUGAAUAAGUAUGCCAGAUAAGAUGUACACAAUGCUUAUUACUGAUAAUCGAAGGACAAUUUAUAUAACUUUCGACACAAAUUAUAUCUGUUUGCUGUUUUUUCUCAAGAUCGAAUGGUAUUGUUUUAUGUAUUGCAUAUUUCACUUUUUUCAAGUACACACAUUCGAAAGUACUAAAUAUUUAUUCAAAUUAAAAUUUGCAGAUAUCAUGCAAUGUUCUUUUCUGUUUGUAAUCAAUGUAGUUGCACUAUAAUAAUUUUAUACAAUGAUAAAUGAAAAGUAUUUCUAACUUAUAGCAAGACAGCUAUAAAAGAAUGAAAAUGCAAUCGUAAAUUAUAUUAUAAAGAAAUCUUUUUAAAAGUGUAUGUGAUAUGUUUGAAAAGAAUCAAAUUUAUCCUUAUUUAUGAAUGCUAGCAUAAUAUAUAAAUUGCAACGCCCACUGUAAGGAAUUAACUUACAGUGUUAUAAGUUAAUAUCUACAGGACAAAAAACAAAUUAAGCUUAAUUAUUAUUCAAAUAACAAAUUCUUAAUGCUAUCCGGGUUAGGAUAUCGCAUGCGUCAAAUGAAAUUGGAAAUUUUUUAGCUUAUUUUAGAAUUGAAAGUUUCUAAAUAGUUCGAUAUACGCUACAAAAUUCUUUUUCCCAAACAAGAUAUAAUAUUACUGUUUAAAAAAUCUCUUGCUUGUUUAACAUGUUAAAUAUUAGUUUCAGUUUUUGUAAAUAAAAGAUACGCAGGUAUUAAAAGAAGAUAGAAUCAUAAAAGUUAUGAUCGCGAAGUUUUCAUUGUAUUGUAUCACUUCAUUCCAAUAAAAUAUUAAAAAUACGA